GGGAGCUUUGUCUUAGUAUUAUUUCAGCACAAAUCAAAGACAUUGAAUCUCACAAAAAAUGGGUCCAAGCUCGAAGAAAGCUUCAGCUAAAUCAGGUGUGACAAAUCACAUGAAGGGCUUCAGCCUCUGCAACUCAACCCUAAAAGUAAAUGGGCAAGUCAUCCUCUCCCAAGUCCCCAAGAACGUAACCCUCACCCCAUGCACCUACGACACCCACACCACCGGAUGCUUCCUCGGUUUCCACGCCACCUCCCCAAAAUCCCGCCACGUGGCACCCUUAGGACAGCUUAAAAACAUAAGCUUCACUUCCAUCUUCCGGUUCAAGGUUUGGUGGACCACUCUCUGGACCGGCUCCAACGGCCGCGACCUGGAAACCGAAACCCAAUUCCUCAUGCUCCAAUCCCACCCUUAUGUUCUCUUCCUACCCAUCCUCCAACCCCCAUUUCGCGCCUCGCUGCAGCCUCACUCAGACGACAACGUUGCGGUGUGUGUGGAGAGCGGCUCCAGCCACGUAACAGCCUCAUCAUUCGACACUGUCGUCUACUUGCACGCAGGGGACAACCCCUUCACGCUGGUCAAGGAAGCCAUGCGCGUCGUCCGGGCCCACUUGGGGAGCUUCAAGCUUCUGGAAGAGAAAACAGUUCCGGGAAUGGUGGACAAGUUCGGUUGGUGCACGUGGGACGCCUUUUACCUGACGGUGCACCCUGAGGGCGUCAGAGAGGGCGUGAAGGGCCUGGUUGACGGCGGUUGUCCUCCGGGAUUCGUCCUGAUCGACGACGGCUGGCAGUGCAUCAGCCACGAUUCCGAUCCGGAGAAGGAGGGGAUGAAUCAGACGGUGGCCGGGGAGCAAAUGCCCUGCAGGUUGAUUAGUUACGAGGAGAAUUACAAGUUUAGGAGCUAUAAGGAAGGGAAGGGGUUGAAGGGGUUUGUGAGAGAAUUGAAGGAGGAGUUUGGGUCGGUGGAGUACGUGUACGUGUGGCACGCGCUGUGCGGGUAUUGGGGAGGGGUGAGGCCGGGGGUGGCGGGGAUGGCGGAGGCGGCGGUGGAGAAGCCAAAGCUGACGGAGGGGUUGAAGGGAACGAUGGAGGAUCUGGCGGUGGACAAGAUUGUGAAUAAUGGGGUCGGGGUGGUGCCGCCGGAGCUGGUGGGGGAAAUGUAUGAGGGCCUUCACGCGCACUUGGAGAGUGCGGGUAUUGAUGGGGUCAAAGUUGAUGUCAUCCACUUGCUAGAAAUGGUGUGUGAGAAAUAUGGAGGGCGAGUGGAUAUGGCGAAAGCAUAUUACAAAGCUCUCACUGCUUCCGUGAGAAAACAUUUUAAGGGCAACGGCGUCAUUGCCAGCAUGGAGCAUUGCAACGAUUUCAUGUUGCUGGGAACUGAAGCAAUAUCCCUUGGUCGUGUUGGGGAUGAUUUCUGGUGCACUGACCCUUAUGGUGAUCCAAAUGGUACAUUUUGGCUACAAGGGUGUCACAUGGUGCAUUGUGCAUACAACAGCUUGUGGAUGGGCAAUUUCAUCCACCCAGAUUGGGACAUGUUCCAAUCUACUCAUCCUUGUGCUGCCUUCCAUGCUGCCUCAAGAGCCAUAUCUGGUGGCCCCAUUUACAUCAGUGACACAGUUGGGAACCACAACUUUGAGCUGCUUAAGACCUUGGCCUUGCCAGAUGGGUCCAUCCUCAGAUGUGAGCACUAUGCACUCCCAACCAGGGACUGUCUCUUUGCUGACCCUCUCCAUGAUGGCAAAACAAUGCUCAAGAUAUGGAACCUCAACAAGUACACUGGAGUUCUUGGGGUGUUUAACUGCCAGGGAGGAGGUUGGUUCCGUGAGAUUAGGUCCAACAAAUGUGCUGCUGAGUUUUCUCAUAGGGUAUCAACCAAGACCAAUAUCAAAGACAUUGAAUGGGAUAGUGGAAAGAAUCCAAUUUCCAUUGAAGGGGUGCAACUUUUCGCUUCGUAUUUCAGCCAAGCCAAGAAACUCAUCCUCUCAGCACCAUCUGAUGACAGUGAAGAGAUUUCCUUGGAGCCAUUCAAUUUCGAGCUUAUAACAGUUUCCCCUGUGACUGUCUUGCCUGGCAAGUCAGUGAAGUUUGCUCCUAUUGGUUUGGUGAAUAUGCUAAACACUGGUGGAGCAGUCCAGUCUUUAGCUUUUGAUGAGGGUCAGAAUUUGGUUGAAGUUGGUUUAAGAGGCACUGGGGAGAUGAGAGUCUAUGCCUCAGAGAAACCAAGAACUUGUAGAAUUGAUGGCAAAGAAGUUGAUUUUGAAUAUGAAGGGUCUAUGGUCAACAUUCAAGUACCAUGGCCUGGUUCUUCAAAAUUGUCCACUGUUCAGUAUGUAUUUUAAGCCUAGAAGUGAUUUCUUUUUAACUUUUGAAUGGUUGUCCACAGUGAAUGAUGUGAAAGGGCUUUUUCUCCCUUACUACCGAGUGAAAUAAUAGAGUGAUCUAAUAAUUGUAUCAAGAGCUAGAUUCCUUUUUAUUCAAUGAAAGCCAGUUUUUCUUGAGUGUA